ACAGCUUUCUGCGUUAAUUCUCGCCGAACCCUCUCUCUCAGCUGCCAACUCAAGCGUUCUCCUUCUCCGACGGCUGAUAUUAGCUUUGAGAGAUGUGGAGUGCUUUUUAACGCUUUUCGCUCGUGACAACACUGGUCGUCGGUGGUGGGCCAGGUGGAGAUUGGUCUUUGAUCAGCAAUGUUCCAUUGCUUUGGGAGGCGUUGAAACUUGCUACUGAAGUAUUCAACAGCAGCCAAAAAUGUCUCGGAAAGGAUUGAUGGAGCAGGACCUAAGCAAAUUGGAUGUGACAAAGUUACAUCCACUUUCGCCUGAAGUUAUUUCUCGUCAGGCUACUAUAAACAUUGGUACUAUUGGCCAUGUGGCUCAUGGGAAGUCAACAGUUGUAAAAGCUAUAUCUGGUGUGCAGACUGUUCGUUUUAAAAAUGAGCUAGAACGUAAUAUUACAAUUAAGCUUGGAUAUGCAAAUGCUAAGAUAUACAAAUGUGAAGAAGAGCGCUGUCCUAGACCCAUGUGCUACAAGGCAUAUGGUAGUGGAAAAGAAGACAGUCCCAUGUGUGAUGUCCCUGGUUUUGAGAACUGCAGGAUGAAAUUACUGAGGCAUGUAUCUUUUGUUGAUUGCCCAGGUCAUGAUAUUCUCAUGGCUACGAUGCUUAAUGGAGCUGCAAUUAUGGAUGGAGCCUUACUUCUGAUUGCUGCCAAUGAGAGCUGUCCCCAACCUCAAACUUCCGAACAUUUAGCAGCGGUUGAAAUUAUGCGCCUCCAACAUAUCAUAAUUCUUCAAAAUAAGGUUGAUCUAGUCCAGGAAAAUGUUGCCAUCAACCAGCACGAGGCAAUUCAGAAAUUUAUUCAAGGAACUGUUGCAGAUGGUGCCCCAGUUGUACCAAUAUCUGCACAACUGAAGUACAAUAUUGAUGUCGUUGCUGAAUAUAUUGUGAAAAAAAUUCCCAUUCCCGAAAGGAAUUUCAUUUCACCACCAAAUAUGAUUGUUAUCCGGUCAUUUGAUGUCAAUAAACCUGGUUUUGAAGUUGAUGAUAUCAGAGGUGGUGUUGCUGGUGGCAGUAUUUUGAAGGGUGUAUUGAAGGUAAAUCAACUUAUUGAGGUUCGCCCUGGAAUUGUUGUCAAAGAUGAGAGUGGAAACAUCAAAUGUACUCCAAUAUAUUCAAGAAUAGUAUCAUUGUUUGCCGAGCAAAAUGAAUUACAAUUUGCUGUGCCUGGAGGACUCAUUGGAGUUGGAACCACUAUGGAUCCAACAUUAACACGUGCUGAUCGAUUGGUGGGACAGGUUCUUGGGGAGGUUGGGUCACUUCCUGAAGUUUUCGUCGAACUAGAGGUGAAUUUCUUUUUGCUCCGACGUCUUUUGGGUGUGAGGACAAAGGACUCGGAGAGGCAGGGUAAAGUCUCAAAGUUGGCAAAGGGAGAAAUCCUCAUGUUAAAUAUAGGGUCUAUGUCAACAGGGGCUCGUGUUGUCGCUGUGAAGAAUGUAUUCGCGAAAUUGCAAUUGACAUCACCUGUGUGUACCAGUAAAGGUGAGAAAAUUGCUCUUAGCCGGAGAAUUGAGAAGCACUGGCGACUUAUUGGUUGGGGCCAAAUCCAAGCUGGUAUUACUAUUGAUAUUCCACCCUGCCCCAUCUGAGUAAAUUUUACACGACUAGUUACUGAACAGCUAGAAAAACUGUUAAAAACAACACAAAAAGUUGGAUUUAGAUGUGGAAAGGCGAGUAGUUGCGGGUAACUAUUUUUUCCAGGUAGAGUAGAAAAGAUUAUUUGAAAUUCCAGAUAUUCUAUAGUCCUACAUUUAUUUUCCACUUGUUUCUUUGUCCAAGUGGUUGCAUCUUGUAUUUCAUUAGUUUAGGUGGUUACUAGAAUGAGUUCCAUUCAUCUUGCAGCAGAUUUACGAACCAACCAUUGAUGUAAUAUUAUCUACUCAAUUUUGUAUGCUUUCUA